UUUUUCUUUUUUUUUUUUCCUUUAUAAUUAUUAUUUACCUCGAGCUAUUCCUUGUUGUCCAUCCCGCAGAGUUUUGUUUCACCCUGGAUCCCCUUUCUCCACAUGUAAUCACAUCACCAUUUUAUCAUGACCUAUAGUCAAGACUUUACAGCCGCACUCCAGCAGUUCUGUCAUUGCCUGCUGCUACCCGGCGUCCAUUAGCGUGCCAAAGCCCCAAGCGGUGCUGUGUUGACUGUUCGCACGCCGUGUAACGUGGACCUCAUUCCCGUUCCCGGGCUUCCCUCGUUGUUCUCCGCGUCUUAAGGCGUUUCGGCAGUGUCAUAGGCCCCUUUUAACAAGGGAGCAUCUCAGCCCGUCAGCAAGUGUCGAGUUUCAAAAGAAGCCCAGCUCGGUUCUCGUUGCAUUCGAAUCUUCAAGGGCUCUGGCCAAGCCAACAUCCCUCGUUCUUCCACCAAGCUAUGCCCGGAUUCAACAAUGAAGACAGAAGCUGUUUGCCGUCCCUUCCCGUACCAUUUUAAUCCCACAAUCAUACCCGCCGGGAUGGACUCUUUCUUUCUAGUCACAAUCUCCACCGCGAGGCAGUGGCGCCACGAUAUUGUACUAGUACAGUUGCCCAGUGGUCGCUUCGUGGGCAACAUCCCGCAAUGGCUGGUUGCAGCGGUUACAUCUUGGCGGGUCCUCCUCGGCACGCGCUGCAGGCCUAGGUCGGCGACAAAACAUUUUCUGCAACUUCCUUUCUCUGAUUUGACUGAUCUACUUGUUACCCUUCCUCGUGACUACCACCGGCCUUUGGAAAACCCUUCAGACGAGACGCUUACUGACCAGAUCCAUUAUUGGAAACACAAAAGUCCACCCUUGAGUUUUUUCAACAGCAACAGUCGGCAACUAGCAUACCAACACCAGCGAACCCAUUCUUCCGCUGCCGUCUUACAACAACGUCCUUAUUCGACCCAGGAUGAGUCGAAAUUGAAAGCACCGCCACGUUUCAAGGAUACCACGGCCUCUACUUCUGACCAGGCACUGAGCGGCACAGCAUUUGGUGACGAGAAGCCAGAGACUGGAAGGUUAGCACCCAUGAAACCUGUGGGGUUGCCUCCUUUGAAGACUGCGAUGCCGCCACCGAUCCACGACUUGCCUCACACCAUGUAUCCACCAAAAGAGCAAGAGUUCGUGUUAAGAACACAGAGGUCAAGCGCGAGGAUGGAGGAAGCGACGGCGGCUCGUGCCAGCCAAACAACAAUCUCGAAGAAGGGAAAGGAAAAGGCAGUAGAAUUGCCCACGAUGGUUGAAGCUAUUCAACAACCCACUUUGUCAAAGGGUUGGCCACUAUCGACAACAGCAGGACCGGGGAUGUAUGAUCAACAACGGCGAGUGUCCGGUCAAAGUAUGAUCACUACAACGAGCACCGUUCCCUCAAACCGAGACAGCUGGGAAAGUCGACCACACUACUCGAUUAUCAACAAUGGAAGCAUCACGAGCCUGGGAUCGAUGCGAGCACAAAGCCCGCCUGCUGGUCCUCGUACGUCUUUGUUGGCACAGUUCCAGAAACCCGCUCAGGUAUCACGACCUAAACCUCCAGGGCGGAAAUCGAAGCCCGGAGAGUUGUUUGCUGCUCUGCCCGGUGAGGUUAUCGAGCUUAUUCUAGAGGAGUUGCGGAAACUCCACUUCAAGCCUGGGACUAACAGCUGUGCAACAUGUUGGAUGAGGGACUGCUGUAACAUUGCUAUAAGCGCCAGGAAGUUUCUCAAAUACGCCCGAGAAGCAUUGUAUGGGCACAUCCAACUUGUCGGAGCAGACGGGCAUCAUAUGAAGAAGCGAACGAAGUUGACUUACGGGUCAAGACUGGUUCUUUUGCGCAGAACGCUACGAGGAAACUUGAGGAUAGCAGCAAUAGUGCGGACAUUGAAACCCCCGGCUUUGCCAUCAGCAGCAUCUUCAGUGGAAGAAUAUAAUGAUUUAGUAGCAUCGGUCAUUCUGGCAUGUCCCAACUUUGAGCGGCUGGUUGGAUACUACCCGACAUACGAUCAUACUUUUCAGCGGAUUUUCCAAGCUCUUUCGACACGUCAGAAGUUGAGAGAGAUGGAUUGGAUUCUGGAACGCUCGCCAUUGCAACGACAAAAGUCAACCGCCGCUAUCCGCCCAUUGACUGCUAAUGGAAGCAAAUACAAUCUCGCAAACGGCAGUAAACACAAUCUCGCCAACCUCAACAGCAGCAGACACAAUCUCCACGAGCUGGAACAUCUGUCACUUACUCAAUGCCGAAUGUUUAUCGACUUUCACCUUGGCUGGCAACAGCUCACCACACUUGUGGUACAUUGUCAUCCCGGAGCAACGCUGGCCCCUGACGGCAUUCUAGAUCAGACCUUCCGUAAUCUCCCAUCGCUGCAGAAUCUCAACGUCUCCCACCUUCCACGCAGCUCGUUUACCGAUGCGAACCUUCUUCAUCUUCCUCCCCGUCUCAAGAAACUUACCCUGACUCAUCUCCCUGGCAUCACCACUGCUGGACUUACCACGUACGCCAGCCGAUCUGCUGCCACAUCGCUUACUACAUUGACACUCAUCCACAUGAACCUCGAAACGCUUCCCUCUUUGGCACGGAUCUUUUCUAACCUCGUCAACCUGGAUACCUUCAACCUCGUCCAACACCACGCCCCAGUCAUGCCUAGCGAUGAGAUGAUUUGGCUAUUUCCGUACCUUACCUCGAACUCUUUGCGCAAGCUUCACUGGGAUAUACCCACACGUACCACGACCACGCCUGCGGACGACAUCUUAGCGAAGAGCAUACUCGCCGGCGGUUUUCCUCGGUUAACCGCCAUUCGCUGUCCGAAUGAUCCCGAAGGAGUUUUCCAGGCUCUUUGUAAACCCAAAGAGCGCGCCGACCACCCGACCGAUCGUUAUCGCGGAGGCAAGAUGCACUUUACGCCCACCAACACCAGCGGGAUGAUCCAUCACGCGCGCAGCCCCUCUGGAUUUGACUCGAUCGCGAGCAGCACGGGAAGUAUGACGAAUGGUUCCAUCGGCGAUGACAGGGACACCAUCUCCACGCCAUCGACACCCACCGAUACUUCUUUUCCUCUGUCAACCUCCAGCGGCGGCGGCGGUCCGCCAUUGAAGUCCCUUCCCAUCUUCGCGCCCAAACCCGGCUCUCUAGCAGAUCCCUUCCUCCUUUCGCACCGCGCGCAAUCAGACCUGCACCUCGCCCGGCUAGCUGCUCAGGCCCGCAUCGAAGCAGCACGCAAGUUUCCCCGUUUCUUUAUCAUCGUCACCGACCCCAACGGCGAAGUUGUGGACAGAUAUGGCGUUGGAGCAUUCAUUGGACGGACGGACAGCAAGAUCACGUAUCUUCUGACAGCCGACGAAGGGAGCGGCGCAACAGACGAAGGAGGUGGGCUGGUUACCGUGGAUAGAAUGCUGGGAGACUGUGGAGAGGCGUUGGUGUUGCCUCCCAAGUUAUCAAAGGCUGUGUCGGAGAAGGUUGAGAAACAUGAGCAUAGGCAUUCAAAAUCCUCGGAAGACAAAAAGGAGCAUCGAAGGAGCAGGAGCACUUCGAGGACUGGGAUGAGGGAGUGGUGGGGUGCGAGGAGCAAGAGUAAAAGUAGAGCUGCGGCGGCGGCGGAAAAGGCGGCAGAAAAGGCAGCGAAUAAGGUGGAAGACGUGAUGGUGAAGACGGGGUGUAUCGGACGGUGGAAUACGUACAGUGGGCCGGUGGCUGACAAGAAGGAUCGGGAGAGAUGGUGGCAUACGGAGAGGGGACGGUGGAGGCCAGUUGCGCUUUCAUGA